GGAAGGAUCCCAUUCUGAAGCAUGCCGCAGUACACCUCCGGUGGAAAUCUGGCCAUGUGGUCACACAGGAGGAGAAAAACACUCCAUUGAAAGUCGCAGGAGCGCUGACAUCUGAAUAGAAUCAGCCAGAAAAUGGAGCCAUCAUUGCCAAUAUCGUGGAACAGCAAGAAAAGAAAGGACAACCCUUCAAAAAAUGCCAAGAGACUGAAAACCGAGGACGGCGAUUGGUUGUUUGAGCCUGUGCGUGUCCCUCGACCCCCGAGGAUCUCGGUGCUGCUCAGCCACCUGCAGCAGCCGCUGACACUGGAUGGCCUGACAGAGUUGCUGCACUUUGCCGCUUUAGGGAAAACGUGCGGCAUCAAACAGCCAAGCUGGUGUCGUCUCCACCACCAGAGGAGGGUGACAGGGGUGAAUGUUGUGGUCCUCGAGGGUCUGAUCCAGAGUCACUUCUACAAACACUAUCUCACCUUGCAGCACCUCAGGGCCAACUACACCACUAGGGUCAGCUUCAGCCCGUCAUCGAGCGGCAUCGCCUCGGGAAUCUUCAGCAGCGAGGUUCCUGGAUCGGAGAGCUCACCUGAUUCCCAAAGAGAACAGGAAGGCAGGCAUCUGCAGAAAGCCCUGAAAUGGCACCCAGUGAUCAGCAAGUUUGGGACGGAGGUGAGAGGUCUAACAGCCUACGUCCUCACACAGGAAGAGAUGAUCAAAAAACAGUUCCCUGUGAAAGGUAUGCCGGGCUGUGAGGGCUUUUUGUGCACAGACAGUGAUGACUUUGUGACGGACAACAGCCCUCUGUAUGGACUUGACUGUGAAAUGUGUCUGACAGAAAAGGGGCACGAAUUGACCCGUGUUUCUCUGGUGGACAGCAGUGGAAGAUGUGUACUGGACGAGCUGGUCAAACCCCAGAAUCGAAUCAUCAACUAUCUCACCAGGUUCUCUGGUAUCACCUCGGCGAUGUUGCGACCCGUGACAACCACCCUGAGGGAGGUUCAGACAAAGAUGAGGAUGCUGUUGCCGCGGGAUGCAGUCCUGGUGGGCCAUUCCCUUAACAACGACCUCAGGGCACUCCAACUGAUCCACCCUCAUGUAAUUGACACCUCACUGCUCUACAGGAAAGAAUUUGGACAGAGAUUCAAGCUCAAGGUCCUGGCUGAGACUGUGCUGAAGAGGCAAAUACAAACUGAAGAGAAGAAGGGACACAACCCCAUUGAGGAUGCUGUGGCAGCCCUGGAGCUGGCACAGUACUUUAUUAAAACAGGACCAGGACAGGUUGUAGAGCAUCACCUGGAGGAGCUGUGGGGAGGAUGUCUAGCCAUUACUGAGCCUGCUGUCUGUGAAUCUCCACCAACACACAGUAACAGGUUUGCUGAUGUACUACAAGACAGAGGUUGUUCAGUUGGCUUUAUAGGAAAGCGUGCUGAUAUCACGCUCAGUCUAUCCAAUCAGCAGUGGCACAGUUCUGACAAAGAGGUGCUGGCCUCUUUCAGGAGAAAGAAAAAGUGUCCUUACUUCUCUGUGCUCCAGUUCUCCUCCUUCUCAGACCACCUAAAAAAUUCCUUCCCCCAUCAGGAGCACCACUACCAGAAGGUGUGUGCACAUUUGAGAGAGAUGUGUGUAGUGUUUGCAGGGCCGUUCCCAGCAGGUUUCUCUGAGAAGGAAGUGAGGCGGCUGUUUCGGUACUGUGGACCGGUUCGGAGAAUCAAAAUGCUUAACGCAGCUGUCAGGAUUCAUGCAGAGAUAGAGUUUGAGCUGCUGGAGGGAGCUAUGCUGGCUCUAAAGACACUGAAUGGACUUCAUGUGCAUGGACAGUACAUCAAGGUCCAGAGGCCUGUUAAUGAGUCAAUGCUGGACCUGGAUCUGACUCUUGAUGCUUUGAUGGCGGACCCUCUCAACAUUAGUCACCUUUAUGCUGUUAAGUUAAAAACUAAUCAGGCGAAACACAUACACUUCUCUGGAAAGGCCAAUGGACACACAUUAGACAGUAAAUAUUCAGAUUUAACGGCUAUGAAAAUGGCUGACGGCUUGCACCCUGACAAAGUAAAUGGGUCAAAAAUAGACAGUUGCUACACUGAACUGUCCACAACAGUCGGAGAGACGGACUUAACCGCAGCAAAGCAUCUCCAUGCCACUUCCUCUGGACUCUCUGAGGAGAAGCUCAGAGAGAGAUUUGGUCACUUUGGCACAGUGGAGAGCAUCUUCCUGCCUGCCAAGCCCUUUGGAAAACGUGCAAGACAUGCAUACAUAAAAUUUGAGAGUACAGAGAGUGUGCACACAGCCCUCAGCUCCUCUGAGGAACUUAGGGAUGAGAAGUACCUCAUCUGUCCGUCCCUGACUCCGCCCCACUUACAUUCAUGGGUUGCUAUGACAACUCCCAUCAGUACUGCGUACUCUGUAGUGGGAACAGCCAUAGAGGAGGGAUGGAGCCUCACGCUGACCAGCCCUCAGGACCAGGAGACGGAGCUUGUGAUGAGGAAGCUGGACCGCUGGCUGGGAAAGCUUUUCAGAUCCCUUCCAGACGGCACGCUGUCUGUGGUGGUGCUGCCUGGCCUCAUGAGCGCCCACGGCCAUCUUCCUGGUUUGUGCUUCAUGGAGGUCAAGCGAGGGUCUUCAUGAGGUCGUCAGCCCAGCCUCUGAUGGACUUGCUCAGACGCACACCAGCACACUUCAGCCAGUCUGCCGAUGCUCAAAGAACACUGUUAUGCACUUUAACAUAUUUAUUACUGUUACAUCCAAUGAUUUUCCCUACUGGGGCUGAGCAAUAUAUCAAAACUUUACCAAUAUCAUGAUGUGGGACUAAAUAUUGUCUGGGAAUUUGAUAUCGUCAUAUCAUUUUCCAGCAUAUGGGUGUCAUACUCUAGUUUUACAGGCUGCAUAACUUUCUGAACUUAUUAGACGGUUCUAGUUCUUGUUUUUUUGCCUCUACCUGUUUAGUCAUUAUAUUCACAUCACCGAUGAUUGUUUAGCAAAAAUCAUAAAUAAUUUUUGAAAGCACCAACAAUCAGUAUCGAGGUAUGUGGUGAAAUAUAUUGUGAAAUUACAUUUUGUCCAUAUUGCCCAGCCUUAUUCCGUACCUGCUUAUUUCCAUUCAGGGUCUUGAGAGAGGAUGAUGCUUGUUAAUGUUAAUGCAGAAUUUUUCUAGAACAGCAGAGUACCCUGAGCCAAGAAUUGCCCUGUUUUUCAAGCAUUUAAUCCCCAUGCAGGGUUGAAUGACGGACUCAUUUCAACAUAAAUCUAUAUCUGUAUGUCACACAUCUCAGUUCACGUACGUCUGCUUAAAGAGAGUGUUGUCAGAUCCUUCACAAAGUCCUCCAAGGAAUUUGUCUUGAUUUUGUAGCCUGGAUAUAAUCAAAGCUCUGAAGUAACAUUUGCCUUUGGUGCAACAUUAUCAUCCCAUUCCCUGCACAGGAAACUUUUGUUGUUUAAUCUACUGAUGUGUGUAUUCACCACUGGCAAGUUGGCUUUUAGUGUUACUGUUUUAUCCUUAAUUGAUAACAACCAAAAUUAGUUUGGGAAAAGUACGGUCUUAAAGUUGGAGAAACACUCCAAGCAGACUUUUCUCUGCCAAAUCUGCCAGAGGGAAGUGGCAUUAAUGACAUUAAUGUGGACGUGCCAAACAGCCAGUGUUGGGCUCACAACAGCAUAUAUUAAUGUCUAAUAAAUACUGUUUAUCUUCCCAAACAGAGAUGUCACUUAAAAUGUGACACUAAACAAGGCCACUUAGUGUGGUCACUGAUCCACAAUAAUUUGUAUUAUAAAUAGUAUCUUGAAAUAUACUGACAGUAUUUACUUUGUACAGUGUAAUAUUUGUGCCUUUUGAUAUUGUGCCAUUAAAAGUUUUAA